GCAAAAUGGCCGCUGAAUUUGAAACAGCGUUGGCGUAUGCCAAAGACAAUAUUGACAUCAGUUUUAAAUUAAAGGACAAGCAAGAAGAAACUUUAAAAACAGUGUUCGCAGGACGUGACUGCAUAGCUGUGUUGCCAACAGGAUAUGGGAAAAGUCUCAUUUUUCAACUUUUGCCUUUUCUUCUCCAGAGAGAUCGGCCAGCUCCAGGAAUUGUCAUCGUCGUCAGCCCCCUGAAUUCACUCAUGCAGGACCAAGUCAUCUCACUCUGUGAGAAAGGAGUCAAAGCCUGUUUUCUGAACUGUCAAGGAUAUGCUGGCAACACAUUUAGGAUAGUCACCCGGCAUAUUGUAGGAGAUGAAAAUGAUAAACUAGAAGAGGGUGAUGGAGAACCCAGUGAGACCGAUGUCCAUGCACCUGUACAUGUCAGCAUGGCUGACUUAAGAAAAGGUGUAUAUAACCUUGUGUAUGCUCAUCCUGAGACUUUAGUAAACAACAAGACUGUUGGAACAAUGCUUCGUUCCAAAAUCUAUCAAGACAGUGUUUGUGCAGUUGCCAUUGAUGAGGUGCACAUGAUAUCUGAAUGGGGUCCCAAGUUCCGGACAGCUUUCCAUAAGCUAUCAGAAGUUAUCUGCAUUUUCCCCGACGCUGCACACCUUGCUCUGACAGCCACCGCCACACCUGCUGCUGUUAAGACACUUGCCUCAAAUCUUCAGUUCACAGAUCAUGGAUUGGUUACCAUCAACCCUGAUCAUCCAAAUAUAUAUCUUGAGGUUAAAACAAGGCUGCCGAAUAUAAGGAAGUUUGACAAGUUAGAUGACCUAAUACAUCCUCUAGCACAAGAGCAUUCCAAACUUGCCGAUUUCCCAGUCACAAUUGUAUACAUAAACAAUGAUGCAGACCUAGGCUAUUCCUACCAAUAUGUUGCAAGAUACCUUGGACAAGAUGGGUAUUUACCUAAAGACUGCCCUACUCCAGAGAAUAGGUUGUUUGCUCAGUUCCACAAGGACUAUACAGAAGCAAUGAAACUUCACAUUAUUCAGGAGCUCAGGAAACAAAGUCCGAAAUUAAGACUUGUUUUAGCUACAGUGGCUUUGGGUAUGGGAUUGAAUGCCCCAAGUAUUGCUCGUGUGAUGCAUUUCCAACCACCAACAACCUUGGAAAAGUAUUUCCAAGAAAUCGGCCGUGCUGGUAGGUCCGGACAACCCUCAAGUGCAGUCUUGUUUUACAAUAAAAGUGACAUUGCAGCGAACCGUGAAGACAUGACAGAUGCAAUGGUGCAGUAUUGUGUCACAAAAGAAUGUUUGAGAUUGCACCUGGUGUCUUACUUUGGAUUUGACUCAGUAUUGUUCAAUGGAGAUUCUGACCAUUGUUGUUCGAACUGUAGAACCAAGAAAGGCUCUUGCCUUUCAUGAAUGUAUAUGAGGAUUUUCAGAGACUGUACUGUAUGUACAUUGUUUUGCUUUUUUCUUGUACAUGAUGAUCAGGAAAUAACAAGUUCAUGCAAUGUUUGAGCAGACACUGA